UAUUUCCUUUUGCUUUACCCUUGAUCUUCAUUUUGUUUUCACUUUAACUUUGACUGUCAACUUCAAAACCGAAACCAAAUUUAUCAAGUUUUCGUAUAAUCAUUUUUAUCAAUCAUGUGCUCUGCGAUGGGUGUACCAGUUCUUCUUUAUUCCAUUUUUAUAGUAGUAAUUAUAUAUACAUAAGUAAAUGGACAUGCAAUUAUUGAAAUGGUACCUUUCAUUAUUCCUUUAUUGAAAAGAUACUGCAACAACCAUUUUGCUUUAAAGUUUAUGUGUAAGAGUUUUGCAUAGUUAUCGAAAUAUGUCUAUCUCAUCGAAAUGCAAUAUUUAUUGUGAAUGUUUUAGAAGUGAUUCAAAAUCUAAAGAAAAAUUCAUUAAACAUUUCAAUAACUGUAAUGAUGAGAAAGGUAAAAAAAUCUAUCUUCAUAUUUUAUUAGAAAUUGGAAAGUCUAUUGAAAAUGGGAAGCUUGAUUAUUUGAAAUGUUUAAAUUGGUAUACUGAUUUUAUAUCUUCAGUGAAAUCUUCAUCGGCCUUACAUAUUUAUUACAGUGAUGCUCUGAAUCCGUUUGCAGAAAGUAAUAUUAUUAUUUUUGUUUGCAAGCAUAAUGGUACAAAUAUUUUGGAAUAUUUAUUUAGUGAAGAGUGCACACUUAUCAAUAAUUUAUCCAUCAAAGUGAAAAAGAAUACAAUACAUCCAAGUAAUAAAGAUGACAAUUGUCAUAAUGCAUUUUACUAUGCAAUACUUAAUAAUAACUGUCACCUCCUGGAAACUCUAGUUAAUAAAUGGCCUAACAAUUAUUUUAAAAGGAAUGCAGAUGAAAUAGAUCAACUUUUAUGCUUAACAUAUAAAGAAUUUAAAUUGAAAAACAUAGCUUUAUCAGAUGAAAUUCAAGUGUGUGUUGAAGCAAUUUUGAUAAAUAUUCAUUUUUAUGAUGAUGGUACUCAAGUGAAACAUUCGAAUCCAAUCGAACUUAUGAAAGAAAGAAUUCAAUUAGUUCUUGAGAGCGUGGAUUCAUUAAAAAGCUUAAAUACAGACAGUGAAGAGAAUGAAAACUUUUUGCUAAUAGCAAAGUACAUUGCACAAAAUUUGUUCAUAUUAAAAGGGCAAUUAAAAUGUUCUUAUGAUAAAUUACCAUGGGAAGAAAUGGAGUUCUGUUUAACAAUAUUUAUAAGUUCUAGAAUCCAAAAUCAUGAAUUGAAUUUAUUUUAUAGUUUUGUAUUGACUAAAGAUAAAAUACUGAUAUAUUUAGAUAAUUUUGUCAGUGUCCUAAAAGAAGAAAGCAAGAAUAUUGGGAAGAUAGGAGUUAAAAACUUAAGAAAAGCUCCAGAAAUAAAAGACAGGAAAAAGAUUAUUGCCAGUGUUCUUAAAAAUCAUCCUGCUUUUGAAGAAUUAUAUUCUGAUUAUCAACUUGUGAGAGAUUUACAUUCAUUGGAAACUAUUAGAAGGUAUGUCAAUUUAGCAGUUUCUGUUGAUGUUGCAAAUGAAGAUGAAUGUUUAAUUAUCAAACGUACUAUUCAAAUUAUUGGUGAACAUUUAAAAAAUACUUUAGAGUCCCCCAAAUUAUCCGACUCUUCAGCUGAGCUCAUUUUGUCCAAUCUACCUCGAAACUCUUUGCAAAUUGUUGCGAAUUUACGAAAUUCAUUCUCUCAUACAUUUUUCUCUACAAAUUGGCAGUUGAUUCCAGAAAAUGCUGGCACUGACUUUUUUAAAAAUAUUCAAAAUGAUGUAAAAAAUAUCUCUAAUGUAGUGUUGGAAAUUUUAGCAAAAAAUAAAAUCAAAAUACUUAAACUGCUGUUAGAAAGUAUUAUAAAGUGUGAAACAUUAGAAGAGCUAGUAAAUAAGAUGAAAAUAUUAAAAGAUGUUGAAUUACAAAAUAUCUUCACUCAAGAUGUGGUUGAUCAAAUUGAUUACAUUGAACAUCUAAUUGAAGAAAUUACUGAUAAAAUAACAAAUAAAACAACAUUGGAAAAAAAUCUGUUGUAUAAAAUUAAACUAAUAAUCACUUCAGAAAAAAACAGGAAGACUAAAAUGAAAACUGAUUAUGUUAUAGGUUAUUCCUAUUUUCAAAUUCUUUUGAAGCAUUUUCAGCUAUUGAAACUUGACUGUAAUCAUAUGCGAGUAAUCAAGUUCAGAGCAAAGAAAAGUUUACAAUACAUUACAUCAAAUAGUAAGACUGAAAAUUUAAAAGAAAUUUCUGAAAAUGUUAUAGAGUUAUUCGAAAUCAAUAAUAAUAAGAUUUAUGAAAAUAAUUUUACUGAAAUUGUAAUGCUCAUUAAGAAAUUAUUUAUUUAUAUUGAGUUUCAAGUAGGACGUGUAAAAUGGUUAGAUGAAUUAAGAUUACAGUUAAGCCAUCAUAAAUCUGUAAGCAGUAAUGCAGAAAUUACUUUUAAGAAAGGAAAGAACUGUACAAAAGAAGAAUUAGAUUUUGAAUUAUCUUCAAAAUUAUGUACUUUUAAAAAAAUAAUUUUGAAAAAUAUAUCUGAAAUUCAAUUAAUUAAAAAUUAUUCUUUAUAUAAAAACAAUGAUAAAUUAAAAAUAAUAAUUGAGACUCUAGUAUUAGAUGUACUAUGUAUUUUGAAUGAGUUUCAACGCUUAACCAAUAACUCUUUGUUUUUUGACUGUGAUAUACCUGUGCUAGUUGGAAGAGUUUUACGAAACCACUUGGCUCACAAUAAUAUCUUGCUGAAUAUUUUUCAAUUAGAUCACUCAAUUGCUGUGCUUAUAAAUGCUAGGCAUAUAGCAUUAGAAAAUAUUGUUAAACAUAGUAGACCAAUUGGUAAAAUCGUGGAAAACAACCCCCUCAAAAUAAGAAUAAUACAUCAAAGAGAAUUAAAAAUACUUGAUUUAAAAAAAGCUUUUUUUGAUUCCAUAGCUACAGGGAAUAUUGAAAAACUGCAACAUUUAAUCAAACAAGGCGCAGAUGUUAAAGAAAGAAGUUUUAAUUUGAGGACUGCAUUGCAUUUUGCUGCAAUGGGAGAUAGUGUUGAAAUCAUGAAAUUCCUUCUUUAUUAUAAUUUAAGUAUUAAUGACAAGGACAUUAAUGGUCGAACCCCGCUCCAUAUUGCUUCUUUGCUUGGGCAUAUAAAUAUUAUUAUAUUCCUAAUUGAAGAAUUAAAAGUAAAUGUUAAUGAUACUGACAAUAUGGGAAAAAUUCCUUUACACCUUGCAGCACAAAAUGGCCAUGGAAAUGUAGUCAAUCUAUUGUUAAAAUGCCAGUCAAAGAUGAACCUAAAAGAUGCUAUGGAUUGUUCCCCUUUAUUCUAUGCACUUGUCAAUAAUCAUAUAAAUGUUGCACGUAUUCUUUUAAGCUAUAAUUCAGUAAAUGAAAGUGUACAGUUAGGGGGUUUUACAUCAUUGCAUACUGCUGCAGAAUUUGGACAUUUGGAAAUAGUUGAUUUAUUGUUAAGAAAAGCAGCAAAUGUUAAUGCAAAAACAGACAGGCAAACAACACCAUUGCAUCUAUCAGCAUUAAAUGGUCAUAUGGGCAUUGUAAAACUUUUAAUCAGAAAAGGUGCCUCAAUAAAUAAUCAUAAUAUUGAUGGUGGCACUCCAUUGCAUUAUGCAGUUGAAAAUGGCCAUGAGAAGAUAGCCGAAUUUCUUUUAAAGCAUGGUGCUAAUGUCAAUGCUUUAGAUUGUUGUUCUUAUACACCAUUAAAUUUUGCAGCUGAAGAUGGAUAUUUUAAUAUAGUUGACAUUUUAGUUAAAAACAAUGCUGACAUUAACAAUGCUACAAUAGGGAAUGAAACUCCAUUACAUCUUGCUGCAAAGAAUGGUCAUUUAGAUAUUGUUGAAUUUUUGUGUAAUAAAAAUGCUAUACUGCAUUUAAAAGAUUUAAUGGGUUUUACUGCACUACAUUAUAGUUGUCUGCAUGGCCAUGAACAUGUAGUCAAUUAUUUGAUAGAGAAAGGUGCAAAAAUCAAUGCAACAGAUUCAGAAAAAAGAAUGUCACUGCAUUUAGCAGCUUUGAAUGGCCAUACUAAAGUUAUAGAAAUUUUAAUCUCAAAAGGAAUCGAUGUGAACUCUACAGAUGCUAAAGGAUGUUCAGCAUUGCAUUUGAGUGUAGCUAAUGACAAAAAAAAUACAGUAGAAUUCCUAUUGAAUAAAGGAGUCCUGGUUAAUAUCUGGAAUGAUUUUCAUAUCUCGCCCUUAUUUUCUGCUAUUAAAAAUCACAACAUGAAAAUUUUGGAAUUAUUAAUAACAAGAGGAGCUGAUAUAAAUUUAAUUAACUUUUAUGGCUUAAAAGCUUUGCAUUUUGCUGCCCUAUGUGGAAAUAGGAAAAUUAUUGAAGAACUAAUUAAGCAAAAUGCUGAUGUAAAUGAUAGGUCUUCUGGAGAAACACCACUGCAUUUAGCUGUACUAAAUAAUACUAUAGAAGUAGUUGAAAUGUUAAUUAAAAAUGGGGCUCAAGUAGAUGUAGAAAAUGAAUCUGGAUUUACUCCAUUGUGUUUUGCUGUUGAAAAUAAUGAUAAAGAGACUGUUGAGAUGUUAAUUAACAAUGGAGCAAAUAUCUAUGCAAAUGAUGGCUAUCCUCUUUUUUUUGCAUUUUAUAAUGGUUUUCAUGAUCUUGUUGAAAUAUUUCUGCUAAAUGAAAAUUUUGAAAUAAAUAAGAAGAUUUUCACUGAUAUAACCCCACUUCAUAUAGCUGCUAAAUUAGGCCAUAGAAUUAUUGUUGAAACUUUAAUAAAUAAAAAAAAUGCAGAUGUUAAUGCUGUAACAGCCAUUGAUAAUGCAACACCUCUUCAUUGGGCAGCAAGUGAAGGAGCAAUUGAGGUAGUUAAAAUUUUAUUGAAAAAGAAAGCAAAAAUAAAUGCAAGAUCUGUAGAUGGAUAUACCCCUUUACAUUUAGCUGUUUAUUCAGGACACAUAACUGUUGUGAAAUUAUUAAUUGAAAGUGGUGCAAAUGUUAAUAUUGCUGAUUACAAAAAUAGAACAGCUAUAGAAUUGGCAGUAGCUCAUGGGAAAUUGGAAAUUGUGAAAAUGCUAUCAGAAUUGAAAAGAAUAAAUAUUCAUGAUAAGGCAAAUGAUGGUCUCUCUUUGCUUCAUAUUGCUGCACAGUUUGGGCGCCUUGAUAUAAUGAAGUAUUUAAUUGAAAAAGGAAUCGAUAUAAAUUCUGAAAAUGAUGCUGGAACUAAAUCUAUACAUUUUGCUGCAAGAGAUGGACAUAAAGAUAUUGUCCAGUUUCUUUUAGAUUUGGAUCCUAAUGGUAAACAUUUAACAGUAGAUGGUUACACACCUGUACACUAUGCUGUGCUGGGAGGUCAUACUGAUAUUUUGAAAUUCUUAAUUGAUAAAAAAUUUGAUAUUAAUGUUUCUAGUAGGUAUGGGGUUUUACCAAUACAUAUGGCAGUCAAUGUAAAUAACGAAAAUAUACUGAGGAUUCUUUUGCAUCAUGGAGCAUUCUAUAAUGCAGUUCAUAAUACCUUCACACCAUUAAAAAUUGCUCAAGUAAAGAAUUAUGUGCAAUGUGCUGAUUUAUUAGAAUCAGUAGAAAAAUUAUUUAAUGCUGUAAAAAAAAAUAAUAUUGCACAAGUUAAAAGUUAUAUUAAAAAUAAAGUUCCAAUUAAUGUGAGAAAUGCUGAUAAUAUUGCACUUUUGCAUUAUGCUUGUUGGAAAGGUUAUGAGAAUAUUGUUGAUAUUCUACUAAAAAAUAAAGCAGACCCUAACAUUUUUGGUAAGGGAAAUUGUACACCUUUGCAUUACGCUGCCAAAUUUAAUCAUUUUACUAUUGUUAAAUCUUUACUUUUACAUGGAGGAAUAUAUAAUGCCAUGAGUAGUAAUUAUAAAAGCCCUUUAGAUUUUGCUACAUUUGAUGAUAUUAAAAAUUUAUUGCAGUUGAUAGAUAAAUCUUUCAAAAUGGUUAAAAAUGGUGAUACAAAGAUUAUAUCAGUAUUGAAAAAAAAUGAGAAUAGAAAUAUAUUAAGAUGCAUACUGAAUGCUCAUGAUCAGGAUGAUAAAACACUUAUUACUGUUGGAAUAAAUUCAGACUUUCCUACAUUAAAUCAGUUGAAAUCUCUUUAUCAAGAUGGUAUGUCUGCAGAAAUGGACAAAGCAUAUGAUCUCUGUGAUAAAGAACAUUAUCAAGAAGCUAUAUCUAUUUUUGAAUCUGUGCUAGAAAAAAGAAAACAAUUGUUUGGAGAAGACAAUCUUGAUACUUUAAAAAUUCAACAAAUUCAAGCCAAAGCCCUAUAUAAAUUUCAUAACUAUCAUAAAGCUUUGGAAUUAUUUGAAUCAAUAUAUCAAAAACAAAAGCAGUUACUUGGCAUAAAUAAUUGUGAAACUCUGGAAACUCGAGAAUAUAUUGCACUUGUCUUUCACAUUCUAGGAAAAGAUGAAGAAGCGAUAAAUAUUUUUAGAGAAAUUCUGCCCAAACAAAAAGAAAUAUUAGGUCCAAACCACAUUAAUGUUUUACAAACACAAAGUGACAUGGCUCUUGCUUUAAAUGCAGUUGGUAAAUAUGAAGAAGCUCUUAAUUUGAAUCAUGAAGUGUACAAACUGUCCAUGAAAUGGCAUUCAAAGCAUUCACUAACUUUAAUUUCUAAAAAUAAUAUUGCUGUAGUACUGUUACAUCAAGGGAAGUUAGAAGAAUCUUUGAGGAUUUUUAAAGAAGUUUAUGAAAUAAAAAAGAAAAUACUUGGUCCAAAUCACUCAGAUACAUUAAGAACAUAUUGUAAUAUUAAAUCAGUUCAGGCAAAAAUGGAUAAAACUGCUGAUCACAGUCAGUCAUUUAAAGAAGUUUUAAAUCUGCAAAAAACUUUAUUUGGAAUGCAGAAUCGUGAUACCAUUUACACACAGGUGAAUACAGCAACUAGCCUUUUUAUGCAAGGAAAACACCAUGAAGCAAAAAAGAUGUAUGAAGAAUGCAUUGAUAAUGCAACAAAUAUUUUGGGACAAAACCAUCCAACACUUAUUUUUAUCAAAAAACAAUUAAAAGCUAUAAAAUUAGCAUUUGAAAUGAAAGGACAGUAUGAUUUUAGUGAGAGUACAAAUAAUUACAAUAUGAGAGAACUUCCUGUUGAAUAUAUGUAUAAAAUGUUUUCAGAUAUGGGACAAGAUGAUGAUAUUAACGAUAAAGACAUAAGUGGGGUAACUGAACUACAAUAUGUUGUGAAUGAAGGACCAAUCAUUGAAAUUCAAAGCAGGGAUUAAUUAAAUGGUAACUUCAAAUAAAGGCAAUGUUGCUUUGCAUGCUGCUGCAUUCAAAGGUUAUACUUACAUUGUUGUACUUUUAUUAAAACACAUGAAAGAUAAUAAUAAUUUAAAAUUGAAAGAUUUUACUGAUGCUAAAACUGAUAACCAUAGAAAUAUUAUUUUCAACAUUGUUCCAAAUAUAAAAAAUAAACAAACGCAGCUUUAUGUCUGGUGAAAUAUGGAGCUAAGUUUAAUAUAUAUAUAAAAAAAAGACAAUACUUUUGUAUGUCAUUAAAAAAUGAAGACAAUCAAAUAAUAUUACCAUUCAUUUAUAAGCUUUUUGAUGCACUAGAAAGUACUAAUGAAAGUUUCACUACAUUAUUUAUAAAAUAAUGUAUUGAAACUUGAAGAUGAUGAGAUUUCAGAAGUUUUAAAUGCUCAAAAUUUGAAUGGUAAAAGCUUAUUACAAAGUGCUGCAUUAUAUCAGCCAUCUCUCUCUUUAACGAGCUUGAAAUUUUUUUGCAGAAAAAACAAUUACAUAAACAAUAAAUGUUUACUUGUUUUACUUUUAUAAGCUUAACUAAAUAUUAAAUUAUACAUAGCAAACCAGUACUUAAAAAAUUAAGUAACUUUUGAUUUUAAUCUUGAUUUUUUUUGGAAUAACUUUACAUAUUUGCAAACUUAAAUUAUCAUGGAAUUGCAAAUAUAAAAUAUACUCUUUCAAGUCUGAUAACAAUACUUUUUUUUAUUUAAGUAAUAUACUUUUUA